CAGGAACUUUGUCUGACGGUCUGGGAAAGACCAUGGAUAACCGGCAUCAGACGGAGCGGGAAUACAUUCGAUACCACGCGGCAACCAGCGGUGAACAUCUCGUGGCCGGCAUCCAAGGCCUGGCUCAUGGCAUCAUUGGCGGGUUAACCAGCGUGAUCACCUCCACGGUGGAAGGGGUGAAGACCGAAGGGGGAGUUAGCGGCUUCAUGUCCGGUCUCGGAAAAGGACUCGUUGGGACGUUAACCAAGCCGGUGGCCGGAGCCCUGGACUUCGCCUCGGAGACCGCCCAAGCCGUCCGAGAGACAGCCACGCUGACCGGCCCCAG